GAUCGUCAACAUCAAACAGAAAAAAGAUAAUUACCUUCUUGAAGCCAAUUUUCGACUUGAGAAAGAUAAUACAAAGCUGGUCGAUAUGCUGGCAGACCUUGGAAUCCCAGACUGGUUACCGAGUGGAUUAAAUGCUGAUAAGACUCCGGCACUCGACGGGUGUGGCUUGCAAACUUCAACUGCAGGCUCCAGUGAAUGUGCAGUGAACACCAAGGAUAUUCAAGGAUUAGUUGAUGAUUCAAUGCUGAAUAAGCAAUUAUUGGAAAAGUGUCAGGAGGAGAUAAAGAGUCAUGAAAACGAAAAAAUGGACUUGAAAACUAGGGUUGAGGUACUGGAGAGUGAACGUGACAUGGAAAAAGAAGGCUUGAUGAAGUUUGUGUCCGAUCUGCGCUCAGCCCUUCUAAAGAUGCCAGGAUUGGAAGAACAAUGGAAACUACUACUGGAGUCUGCCCGUAUAUUGGCAAGCAGAAAUUUCAAAUCAGUGAUCGAUGGCAUGACAUUGGGAGAUGAGUAUCCAAGCACAGAGGCGCGCAACUUGAUAGACAGUCUUUGCAUAACUGCUCAAUGUUACGAUUCGCUGCUCGUAGACCAUAGAAUCAAGUCGAUGGAGCUCGAAAAACUCACUGAUCUCUAUAAAAAACUCGAGGAGAAUAAUGAUAAUUUGAAGAAAAAAGUUACUGAGUUGGAAGAAACUUCAAAAGAGCUCAACAGUUGUUUUUCAGCAAUAAAAAAACAGUUUCGACUCAGACGCAGUAAAUUUGAGACGACAAUUGACUGAAGCUACAAAGAAAGCUGCCGAACUGGAGAGGGAGUUGAAGGAGAUGAAAUCAGCAAAGGCGUUGUCAGCUAUUGGGCAGGUCACAAUCACCUCCGCUCUUCCAUUCUCUAGCUCCAACAAUAAAUGCACCCAAUGUACCUCGUCAAAUAAUGAUAAGGCACCUCAAGAGUCACAAGAGCAGGUUGAUAAAUUGCAACGUUUUAUGAAAAAAUCUGCUGUUGAAUAUGCAAAGUUGUACCACAAAUUCUUGUUGGAGCGACAAAUGAGGUUGAAAAUGGGAGAUGCUAUCAAGACAGACCUCAAUCAAGAGCUGCCCUCAUCUCAAAAACCUGAUGUCUAAUUGGCUUCCUUACACAUUUCGACUUGAAGCCAUGAAACGUAUUUUAAUAGAGGAUUAUUAGUACCUGUUUCAGUGAAAUUGAUUAAAAGGUAGGCUGAAGGUAAUUAAAGGUAAAUCUAUUGUGAUGAAGAUGGCAUACUUUAUGUUGAACAGUGUCUGAAGGUAUUCUUCAUGAUAAAUGAAACUACUUUGAUGUGGACUUUUACUUUUUGUUACCAUAAGAAUGAUUCAUUCCUACACGGUAAAGCUACUUCUACUCUAUAAGAAGCUCUUCAGCAAAAUUCAAGUUUUCAAGAUACUGAAGGUUUCCAUAUGCUGUUAAGUCGGUGAUAAUGUCAAGGAAUUAGAAUUGUUUUAUUUGUUGAAAUA